UUUGUUUGGCACGUCCCUGGAUUAAUACUGUGGAAAUCUCCCCCUGGGUAUCACUAAAAAAUUUUUUACUUUCAGAAGAAAUAAGCGGCGUUUUCAUCAAAUCAUUAGUACCUCAAUCAUCAGCUCAUCUUUCAAAACAAAUUCAAUUGCAUGAUCUUAUUGUAGAAGUUAAUGGAAGAAGCUUGGAAGGAUUGAGUCAUAAUGAUUCAGUUAGAGCAUUAAUUAACAGUGGAAAUAAUGUUGUAAUGAAACUUGUAAGGUUUGAUGCAGAAACACCCCAAGCAAAGUGCCUAAAAAUGCUUCAUGAACAGGAAUUAGCUGUCGCUGCUUCAGUACAUUCCGAAUCAGCCGCUUCUUCAAGUACUGCAACUGGACGUGUUGGAAGAACUGCUUCACCCCUUCCAGAAGCACUUUGUGAACAUCAUAAAAAACAUUCUCUUGUUGAUUAUAAAAGUUUUUGGUCAAAUAAAUUUGGUUCAGAAUAUGAUAUUAUUGUGGUUGAUUUAAAACCGGAUGAUAAAAUUGAAAUAGAUGGAGGAAUUGGUAUUGAAUGGCAAGGAACUGUUGAUGUUUGCAAUGGUAGGGGUUUAUGA